AUGUUCAGUCAGAAAGACCAGCGAUCCUCCUCCGACACUGAUAGUGAAUGCAGUAGGAGGCCACGGACCAGGCGGUCCCGUAGACAGAAUUGUAGAAGCCAGGUCUAUUCUGACAGCCCCAAGGAAUCAGAAAGCAAAACUGGAAGUUCUGAUGAUGAGGAUGAAGAUAUUUUCUAUUCAAUGCCUGGAAAUUUGCUGCCCUCUUCACCCCAGGAACCAAAGACUAUCAAAGAAAAGCAGAGAGUUCUAGAAGAAACUUCCUGUAAGAUAAAACAAAGUGUGACCAGGGAAUGCCCAGAAGCAGUUUCUGCUGCAGGUGAUAUGCCCAGAGGCAACCUUACAAAGAAUAUAGCUAUGGAGAAGAAACUUCCAGAGGGUCCUUUAAGAGUUACACUGGGAAGAAACACCCCUUCUUGGAGGCAGAUAAUGAAGACACCUCCCCUGGAAGCAGCUGCAUUACCACCUAUCUUGGGUAUUCCUCCAUGUGGGGGUUCCAAGGCAACUUCUACUCUGCAUCCUGGACCAAAGCAAUACAAGCAAGGCAAUACUUUGAAGAGAUUUGGGGCUUGGAAAAGAAGGAAGUCCUACCCAGUGGCUAGAGAAGUUGAUGAGGGAAACAGAGAUCCUGGUCAGCAGGUCCAGAUACAGGGGGACAUCAUGCUCAAAGGCCAUGUAAAUUCAGAUGACCGGGAACAACCUAUGUAUUACCAUGAUAAGGAAACGCCACUACAAGCAUCUGGAGAACAAGGCUGUUCCCAGUGUCUGAUGGUACACGGUGAUAUAGAGAAGCUCAAGGAACAACUAGCGGCUAUUCAGUCCCUCACUGAGAAGUUCCAGUCCCUUGGAAUUUAAAUCAGUCAGUACCUGUGGAACCUGGAAGGUGUUGCUCAAUUGCUUCAGAACAGUUCUUCUACACCCAGUGCCUCCCCCGGGACCCUUCAUCUCCCCCCCACCACACACACACCCCUGGUCCACUCCAGUUGAAACAGUUUCG